GAGCUACGUGUACAGGACUACCUCAAAGCUUACACAACCACCGGUCGACCACCAGCGCCAGUCCCCGAUCAACCACCCACCACAAAUGCUAGACAUGCACUCGGCUUACCACCACUAUUUUCUCCCAUUCCAAUAGAAUCGACCCCGAGCAUGAGUACUGUAGGCGUUACGGCCGAAAAGGCCAUAACAAGCCCCAGUGAUCUGCCUACCAUACAAGUAUUUCAGACGACCAAAACGCCGAUCGACGGGCAGUUCCAGAGCAUUACAGCGCAAACUACGUUUAGUUUGUUCUCCUAUGAGGAAUUGCGGCUUUAUGCAUAUCUUUCAGGCAACAUCAUGCCUCCAACCCCACUUCCAUCAGAUAUACUCCCUUCGGACAGCGUGUCCACACAAGUACAAGUGCUACAUCCGUUUUAUGCCAGUGAUUCAGCAGCAACCGCGUUCACGAGCGUCAACCUUACUGGUGCUCCAGAAUCCUACAUGAGCAUCUCGACGUCUUCCAAAUUCGACAAACAUUCUUUCGAGGAACUACGGCUAGCGUAUCUCCUUGCUGGCAAGGAGCUUACCUCAAUCGAGAUCCCGACACGUGGAUUGCUAACGGCACCGGCACCGGCUGCCCCACCCCUUUUUGGACGCCCGCGUGGCGACACGCUCUCGAUAGUGAAUCCCGUACAUUCUUUUUGAACUUAUCUGUCGUCUUGUACCACCUACCGUAUACCAUCAUCGCUUCGUACUUGUACCGCAGAAUGUUGUUGUUCUGGUAAUGUCAUAGGGAGAUCGAGAAGUUUAAUGUACACACUAUGUAUUCGAGUCAAGUUGGGGGGUCUUUGGGGUGUACUAAUUCAUAAUCAACUUCUCUGGUUAUACACUGGAUAUUGGUUGCGUUCGCAACGAAGGC